AUGAAUCGACCUAAGAUAGCGCCGAAACCGAAAUUUGUGCAAUCGCUGAAUGACGACGACAGACGAUUCCCGCAGCAACAGCAACAGAAACCACAAAUUAGAUCACAAACCUCAAAAGAUGAAAUCGAUUCUGAUUACGAUAAACCGAGAAAAGAUAUCGACGAUGUGGCUGAAGUGAAUUGGCGACUUGGCAGAUUGGGUUCGUUCACACUUUUCCUUGAUUGA